AUGGCUAGGAAAUUCGAGAGUGUCAAAGACAUAAACGACGCGAAGGAUCUUUGGAAGAUAUCUGUGAAAGUCAAAGAAAAAUGGACUAACUUGAAGGAUGGAAAAGAGUCUAUUGAACUUCUGGUUGUGGACGACAAGGGAGAUGACAUAUAUGUGUUCAUUCCUAACGAACUACAUCAGAAAUUUGAAAAAGACAUUCUUAUAACUGUGAACAACACUUACACAAUGCAAAAUUUUCAAGUUAUCAAAAAUGAUGACCAGUUCAAAACAUCGUGCCAUGAUUACAAGUUGAGGUUCAAUGGUGGAACUUUAGUAAAAGAUGUCAAUGUCCAUCAAAUUCCUGAUGCAGUCACAAAAUAUUGUUGGAUUGGUGAUCAAAUUGGUUAUUCACAGUCUAUUGCUGGAACUAGGAAAGUUCAACAACAUUCCAAUUGCUUGCACUCUAUGGGAAACUAUGCACUUAAGUUCUUCGAUGUUCAGAAUGAAUCUAAGGGUGAACCAAUUAUUGUAUUGAUGAAAUAUGCUAAAAUCAAAAAAGAAGGAAAAUGGCCGUUGACAAUAUCAAACACAUGGAGUACCACUAAGCUUUUCAUCAAUGAAGAAGUUCCAGAGAUUGUUGAGUUCAAGAAAAUCUUACUUGCCGGUAUUGAAAGCGGUACUGUGGAUCGAUUUGCUGAAACUCCAUCACAAAUGAUGAGCCAAUCAUAUGGAAGUUCGCAGUACACACCGCAACAAAUAUUCAUGCACAAUUCUGAGAUCAUGCCUCUGAGGAAAAUGGUCCAACUACCACAGGAAACCAAAUGUGUGACUAUUGUCAACACAAUUAAGGUAAAGCCUACAAAAUAUGGUUGGUACUAUUUGACAUGCUUCAAAUGCCCUAGACAAUGCUUCGGUGAAGCUCCUCCAUAUAAAUGCGGCGAUGACCAUGAAACUGAAACAGAAAUUCUUAGGUACAAGUUGGAUGUUGAGGUUGGUGAUGGUCAGGCUAAGGCAACUUUUGUCUUCUGGGACCGCGAAUGUGAAUAUUUAAUUGGCAAAAGUGCCCUUGUGCUACGAUCUGAGAUGUUGGCGGAUGGAAUCCACGAUCCUCUUGAUUAUCCAGAAGACAUCGAUCUAAUUGUUGGGAAAACUUUGGCUGUUAAAGUUAAGUGUCAACCCAAGUGGAAAACUGGAUCAGUUAUACAAAUCAAUCAAGCAGAUGACUUUAUCAAUGAAAUUUCCUCUCAGUUUCCACCUACUGAUGCUCCUCAAGGACUGGUCAAAGUUGUUGCUAAGAAGUUAGUUAUAGAGGACAAUAGCACUGCAGAAUCUGUACCACCAAAUAUAUGUGAAGUCGAGGCUGAAGUUGAGUUGCAGCCUACUACUACUGUUGAAGAUCUUCGUGACGUUGAUGACGUUAUACCAACGAUUUCUCUGUUUGCAUCUGAUGAGAUUGAUCCACUCAUUUUUGAAAUGAAGACACCAUCAAAACGGUCAGGUAAUGACCUAACAUCUACUUCCCAAGAUGCUGAAGUUGAAGAUUUUAUUGGAGAAAAAUCAUCAUCUACAAAAUUGUUGAAAGUUGGAGGAAAUGCAGCAGGAAAGAGAGGUCUGAAAAUUCCAAAAAAGAAAAAAUGA